AUGAAGUACGCCGUUGCCACAAGUCUUCUCAUUGCCUGCUGUCUGGCCCUUGCCGUGCAAGCUGCACCACCGCAAGCAGCGCAGCAGGAGGCGCAGGUGCUGCGAUUCGAUGCUGAUGUGCUGCCGCAGGGCUACAAGUUUGACGUGGAGACCAGCGAUGGCAAGGUACACCAGGAGGAGGGCCAGCUGAAGGACGCAGACACUGACCAUGCCGCCAUCUCGGUGCGUGGCUUCUACACCUACGUUGGCGACGAUGGCCAGACCUAUAGCAUCAAGUAUGUGGCCGAUGAGAAUGGCUUCCAGCCCGAGGGAGCCCAUCUGCCGCGUGCCGUUCAAUAA